AUGGGGACUGUCCCCGACGCUCUGAGAACAGCUAAAGCAUCUCUGAUCGCCGCGUCCAGCACAGACGACGUUCUGGGGGCACCGCGGUUCCAGCCCCCCACAGCCCUGGUGCCAGGGCGCGGCGCCAAUGGCCUUCCCGGCGCUCCUGCAGAGCCCGCGCUCGGCCCGGCGCCGGCUGCGGGGGUCCUGAUGCAGGCCUGCGAGCAUGAGCAUCCCCAGCCGGGCAUGUCCUCUGCAGUCCUGCAGGAGUUGGAGAAGGCGUCACCCACGCUCAGCUCGCCCGCCGGGUCCCCCGCGCUCAGCCCCCGCUGCCGCACGUCUCGGACGGACCCUGCACAGCCCCUCGAGCGCAUCAUGCCAGCCGCCGACCAGCACGCGCCCCGGCCCAGCCCCGGGGAGAGGACCCGCACCCUGGAGGAGCCUGAGGUCGCCCAGGGCGGCGAUCAGAGACCCUCAGAGGGAGAGCCACGUGCAGAGCCCCGCUGUCCAGGGAUCGACGGCGGGGACAGCGGAAAAGAGCCAGGCCAGUGCGAAGUUCCCGCCAGGGCAUCCAACCAGGACAUAGCGCAGGAGGUGGAGGCCCUGGCCGGCCACCCUCCUGUCCCCUGUGCGUCAGGGGGAAGCCUCGGGGAGCAGCUGGGGGCCACCUGCGACUCCCAGUCCGCGUCCUGUGACCCCUCGAGCCGGGGACAUGGGUGUCCGGCCAGCGCUGAGCCCCCGGCCCUGCCCGCCGACCCUCCCCAGCGCGCUCCCCUCGCUGGCGCAUCCUCGAGGCCGCCAGACCCCGCGCCCGAGCCGCCGGGGUCAAGGUUCAAAGAGGCCAGCACGAUGACCACCCAGGAGGGCAGUGAGCUCGGGGCCUGGCCCGGCCCGGCGCGGCGGGACGCGGAGGUGCAGGCGGUGGCCAGCGUGGAGAGCCGGGCCGUGUGCACCAGCCCGGGCAUCCCCCCGGCCGCGGCCGGGGCAGGUGCCGCCCCCCGCCCCCCAGACCCCCGAGAAGAGCCCCCCGAGGAGCUUCGUGUGGUCUGCCACGGCGCCGGGGACAGUGUCCACGCGCUGGAACUGUGCGACAGUGCGCAGACCGCCGGGGUCUCAGGGGAGCCGCCGCCCCCUGCACAGAAGCAGGGAUCCCCCCUGGCUACUCAGGACUCGGGCCAGGAAGACAGGGGGUCGGAGGGAACGGGCCCCCAGCAACUGGCAGGCGGGGGGACUGGGUCCCUGGCAUCAAGCUCCCCGGACGGGGCUGCCCAGGGCGCGCAGGGAGCAGCCGGCACGAAGCCGAGCGCCCAGCAGGGGAGUGGGCGCGUGGGGACCAACGCCAAAGGCCACCCCGCAGGCCCCGACUGCGACAGCUCCCAGCCGGGGGUCUCAGCCAGCCCAGGGGACCAGCGUGGACCCCCGGAGCCCGUGGCGAAAGAGAAAACCCCCGGACGGGGGCAGCAGGAGGAGCCGUCGGGGACAGUUGGCACGGUGGGCGCAGCGGGGACGCAGCCCCCGAGCGGUCAGCUGCGGCCGGGAGCCCCCGAGAGCGGGUCAGCGUCCAGCGCCCACCCGUCCCCCGCCGCGGCGGCGCGCCUGAGCCUGCCCGCCGACGGCGCGGGCCCCGCCAGCCCCGGUUCCUCGGGGGAGCGCACCCCGGGGCGCACGGUCCGCGCCAGCCCGCGCCGCGCCAGCCGCGUGAGCGAGUUCCUGCGGGAGCACCGGGCAGGCCUGGCGGGCGACAGGAGGAAGCAGCCCGAGCCCCGGGCGCAGGCCAAGGCGUCCAAGCGCGUGCGGGACGUGGUGUGGGACGAGCAGGGCAUGACCUGGGAGGUGUACGGCGCGUCCCUGGACCCCGAGUCCCUGGGCGUCGCCAUCCAGAACCACCUGCAGCGCCAGAUCCGCGAGCACGAGCGGCUGCGGCAGGCGCACGGCCGCCGCUCGGUGUCCUCGGACACGUCCUCGCAGAAGAAGCUCAAAGGCCGGCAGCACGGCGUCCUCCAGGCGCUUCUGCAAAACCUCCGACGCCCCAACUGCUGCGUGCGCCCCGCGCCCUCCUCCGUGCUGGACUGA